AUGAGAGGGUCAAGGUUUAAGGCACAAGAUGCACCUGAUUUGAGCCCAUCUUCUUCGGGCCAGGCCUACUCACGACAACUUCUUCGACUGACAUUGCUUCCACUAUCGCGUUUUACCUUGAUGCAGCAGAUCCGGUUUCUUGUUCUGUCCGACACACAUGACAAUGCCUUCCCAGACCCGGCAUCUCUUCCUGCUGUCGACGUAGUUAUUCACUGCGGUGAUUUAACAAUGAUUGGCGGCCUGUCCAACUACCGCCGUGCUCUCGAAUCUCUUGCAGCAUGUCCAGCAGUGGUCAAACUCGUGAUCCCAGGCAACCACGAUGUUUCACUUGACGCCAAGUGGUGGGAAGAAAAUCUCGACAGCGAUGACGAACAAGACGAGCCGGUACGCGCUCGUGCGCUGUUCACAUCAGACGACUACACUCGCCGCGGAGUACGUUUGCUCGAUGAAGGCGGUCACAAGGUGACUCUCCAAGACGGGCGCGCGUUUACAGUCUACGCGUCACAAUACACCCCAGGCUUUGGUGGUUAUGCUUUUGGAUACGACCCGGACGAGGAUCGGUUCAAUGGAGAGAAGAGGAUCCCGGAAGAGAUCGAUAUUGUCAUGACACACGGUCCAGCUCGACUUCCUAGCUUAGCAUCUCCAGAGGGUACAUCCGGACCAGCCUACAGGCUCGACCUUGGCGGAGAACAUGGCAACAGCGAUGGCAUAAAGCGGCACCUCGGAUGCUCACGGCUGUGGGAGGCAAUCGCGAGGGUCCGGCCCAAGAUGCAUUGCUUUGGACACAUACACGAAGGAUAUGGGGUCCAAAGAGCGACCUUCUACACCAACACAACAAUGGUGGCGGUCACCGAUGUGGACGCUGCGGAGCGAGAGGGUCUACCAUAUAUCAGCGCGGCGGUUGGAGACGGAACAACCCUGCUGAUAAACGCGUCUAUCAUGACGCAUGGAGAAGAGGAUAACAAUAAGCCUUGGCUAGUCGACAUGGCGUUUUGA